AUGUAUUGGCAAAUUUUAGUCGCUGAUGAUCACAGGCGUUAUCAACGAAUUCUUUGGCGUUUUUUUUGUGAUCAACCUAUUCAAGAAUAUGAACUGAAUACUGUGACUUAUGGUGUUUCUUCAGCACCAUUCCUCGCAAUUCGAACGUUAUUGAAGCUAACAGAAAUUGAGGGCUCUAAUUUUUCUAUGGCAGUUGAAGCUUUGAGAACUUGUUCAUAUGUUGAUGACAUUGUAACAAGUUGUGUGACUCUCGACUCUGCUCGAGCUCUCAAAUCACAACUAAUUGCUCUACUCAAAUUAGGAGGGUUUGAGUUGCAUAAAUGGAGAAGUAACGAAUCGAAAUUGCUUUCUUCUGAGUGUGAAAUUGGUUCAAAAUCUCUUGACCUGGAUGAAUGUUCCACAACAAAGGUGCUCGGUCUCCCGUGGAAUUCUUCCCAGGAUAUAUUUUCAUUUAGCAUUUCUGCUCAUAACACACAAUGUUCUAAGAGGAAUAUACUAUCAGACUUGGCUCGUAUAUUUGAUCCACUAGGAUUUCUGAGUCCUCUGACUUUAUUCGCCAAAAGACUCAUUCAACAGUUGUGGACAUGUGGUAUCGGCUGGGAUGAACAGCUACCCCAAGAUAUCCAUAAUACUUGGACUACUUUUAAAUCCGAUCUACCUGUCAUCUCGGAAAUCAGUGUUCCUGGGUCGCUAUUUCACCCAUCAGUUACUAAUUGCACCUUACAUGAAUUCUCUGAUGCCAGUGAGAAAGGAUAUUCAGCAGUAAUAUAUUCUAGGACUGAGGUAGAUGGAAUUGUUCAUGUUCGCUUGGUUUGUGCUAAAGCUAAAGUAUCUCCCCUCAAAACCAUCUCGAUUCCAAGGUUGGAACUGCGUGGAGCAGUACUUCUUUCUGAUUUGUUUGCUUUCGUUUAA